UCGGCUAGAUUGGGAACCUCGCUAUAAGGUUGAAAUGGGAUUCCUAAGUUCGGACUUCGCCUGAUAGUCCAAAAAAAAACCAAGUUUACGAAACUUGCGUGGCGGGGUAGAGGAUGUUAUAAAAGCAAGCUUCUAAAUCCACCUGUACACUCACCCAACUGUGCGAUUGCGACUAUGCAUCUCUACCGUGGCAUGCAAAGCUACCAGCGUCCUGCGAAGCAAAGCAAAAUUGCAUCGCAGAGGCAGUAUCGGGUCAAAGAGGGCGACGGGUUCCAAGAACUCAAAGACGUAAUUCGCGCAGUGACAGGGGAGACUCCCCAGACCAGGCGCGAAACCUUGAAGAAAGCUGCACAACUCCUGCAGGAUUUAUCGAGAGAACCUGGGGCGAUUUCUAGGCAUGAGCCGCUCCCGCCCUUGGAAUACUCGUCAGCAUCACCCUAUGAAGCUGACCAGGGAUCUCACACGACUUAUGAACCUCUCGUAAUUCCCAACAACGAGACAUGGACAAACGCUAUUGCGUCAAGGAACAGUAGCCCAAUGUCAGACACAUCGGUGACGAGCUCGAUGCUAGAGUAUCAAGGCCACCCUCAGACAGAGAUCCACCAUGUUGUCGGUGGUGGGGACAACUGGAGUUUAGUUCAACCAACCCCUUCACAAUUUCGACACAAUUCGUUCCCCGGACAGUGGAACGACAUGUCGCUCAUUCACUCGAACAUAGACCGAGUCCCAUACUACUUAGAAAGGGUAGAAGUAAAUUAG